UGCGGAAAGGAGCGGAGCGGACACAGGCUGCAGCGGAUGCCGGGAACCUGCAGCCAGAGUGCGGGCGGGAUGAGAGGCAGGAGUCGGGGGUCCUCCGGUUGACUGACCAGGGAGGUUUAUAUUUGCACGAGUCGUGGUUUGAGAGAAUAGACUGGAGUCCGGUGCGCGCCCACACAUACGCACACACACACACACACACACACACACACACACACACACACACACACAUCCACUGACACGUCUUAAGAACAGCGGGAGAUGCAUUACGUCAUAGCCUCCCGUCGCCCUAGAUGACCGCGCGCGCAGGACGGGAUGAUGCAGGGCUGCUGGACUAGAACGGGAACGGAUUCCGCUGCUGCUCGUGAGCGCCCGGUGGCGGUGUCUCGACCGGACGAGGAAGAAGGGGAGCCGCCGUCUCGCGGCCGCUGGCUCUGAUGGCUCCUCGCGCCCCGGGCGGGAAAGAGACACAGCAGUCGCCGCGGCGCGAGAGGGAAGGGGACAGCAGGUAUCUGGGAAGUGACGUGGUAUCCGCGCCCCGCGAGAAAGCACAACGGUGCGGUUGUCGUGCAUAUCACAGGAGGGCAGGAGCGGGAAGGGGAACAUGGCCGCGCAGUCGGACGGCGGCAAAGCCGGGGUCGGGUGCGGCGGCGGCGGUUUCGCCCAGCUGUACGAUGUUGACGCUGAGGAGCCGCUGGACUCUGCCGCGAUCCACAUCUGUCAGUGCUGCCGCUCCUCCGCGUGCUACUGGGGCUGCCGCUCCGCCUGCCUCGGCUCUGUGCUUGGUGGGGGCCAGCCUGCCGGAGGGGUCGGCAUCCGGGAGACUCACUGCCCGCCCCGGGAGCAGCUGUGGCUGGACUGCCUCUGGAUCAUCCUCGCCCUCCUCGUCUUCUUCUGGGACGUUGGCACGGACCUGUGCCUGGCGAUGGACUACUACCAGAGGCAGGACUACCUCUGGUUCGGCCUCACUCUCUUCUUCGUGCUGGUGCCGUCCGUGCUGGUCCAGAUUCUGAGUUUCCGCUGGUUCGUGCAGGACUACACCGGCGGGGGGCUCGGGGAGGUGGAGGGGCUGACCAAGCGGGGCGCGGUGGCUCUGGGGUGCCUGUACCCCGGCAGGGACCGCCUGCAGCUGGCCACCAUCUGGCUGUGGCAGGCCACCAUACACAUCCUCCAGCUGGGACAAGUGUGGAGGUACAUCAGGACGCUGUACCUGGGCGUUAUGUCGCGCCGACAGAAGGAACACCAACGGCGCUGGUACUGGGCCAUGAUGUUCGAGUACGCAGAUGUCAACAUGCUGCGGCUGCUGGAGACUUUCCUGGAGUCUGCGCCUCAGCUGGUCCUGCAGCUCUGCAUCAUGAUCCAGGAGAACCGAGCCGAGACGCUGCAGUGCAUCUCCUCCCUUGGCUCCCUCCUGUCUCUCGCCUGGGUUCUGGCCUCCUACCACAAACUCCUGCGAGAUUCUCGUGACGACCAGCGCAGCAUGAGCUACCGCGGGGCGCUUCUGCACCUCUUCUGGCGCCUCUUCACCAUCUCGUCCCGUGUCCUCUCGCUCGCCCUCUUCGCCUCCCUCUUUCACAUCUAUUUUGGCAUCUUUGUGGUGGUCCACUGGUGCGCCAUGGCCUUCUGGGUGGUGCAUGGAGGCACUGACUUCUGUAUGUCCAAGUGGGAGGAGGUGCUCUUCAACAUGGUGGUCGGCAUCGUCUACAUCUUCUGCUGGUUUAAUGUGAAAGAGGGCCGGACGCGGCACAGAAUGGUGGCGUACUACACCGUGGUGUUGGCCGAGAACAGCAUCCUCACUGGGCUGUGGUACGCCUACAGAGACCCAGUGUUGACGGACGCCUACGCUAUCCCAGCACUGUGCAGCGUCUACCUGACAUUCGCUGGCGGCGUCCUGGUCAUGCUGCUGUACUACGGCUUCCUGCACCCUGCCACCGCCCACCUCCAGCCAAGCCCCGCCUCGUCCUGCUGCGCCCAGCUGCUUUGGGGUCUGCCCCUCCCCCCGUCAGCCCCGCCCAGUGCCCCACCCACCCCGGCCCACAUGGCCAAGUCACAGACGGAAGAGGAUGUGGCUGAGUCGUGUCUUCCCGUCUUCCAGGUGAGGUCGGCGCCCAUCACCACCAAGCCCGAGGGCCCGCUAAUAAAGAUCGACAUGCCCAGGAAACGUUACCCAGCAUGGGACGCCCACUACGUAGACAGGCGCCUGCGGAGGACUAUAAACAUCCUGCAGUACAUAACGCCAGCUGCUGUGGGCAUCCGCUACCGUGAUGGACCCCUACUAUAUGAACUGUUGCAGUAUGAGUCCUCACUCUGACACACAGACACACACGUCAACACACACACACAUCGGUACACGUGAGCGCCAGAAAAAGACAUGUAUGUAUACAAGGAUGUUCAGAGUUAGAGAAGAUUUAGAAACACAUUCUCACAUGCACAACAUCGCACUUGAUGAUAGCACACAGACACAAAAGCAUCUUGUCACACACACACACACACAUACACUCACAAACACACACACGUUCCUUGCGGGAACCUUUGACCCGUAAGUCCCAUGGCCAUGACUCAACAAGCUGCUUCAGCGCGAGUCCAUCUCUUUCUCUCUUUAUCCUUCUGUCUCUCUAUUUCCAACUCCUCUGUUCACUCUUCGUCUGUUCUCAUGAUUUAAUAUCACACGUUCGCUCUCCGCUGUGAAGAAAAAACAAACAAACAAAAAUAAUCUGAAAAAUGAGCGCAGCUUCACACCGGAGUCUUUGACCACCGCAUGCCGUUUCGUUGCGUCGCUCACACUUUCACGGGUUUCGGUAGAAUAAGAAGACGUGACACAAAGAAAGAACAAACGUCACUUUAAAUAAAAGGAGUUGUGAACAUGUUGUCGUUAGUCUAGUCAAAAGGUAGUGUAUAUAUUUUCUAUGUACAGCAGGGAUGUUUUUUUAUAUGCUGUCACAUUGUUGUCGACUGGGGACAAAGCAGUUGGACACAGAGGAUUUUGAGGGUUGGUUGAUGGAGUAGAGUCGCAGAGCAUGAUGGGAAAGAUGGAGACAGAGAGAGUAUUGGCAUCUAAGGCGCAAAAUUUCACUCAAAGUCUGUGCUACAGGAAUAGUUUAACAUUUUGGGAAAUACAACUAUUGCCAGAGUUUGACAAGAAGAUUUUUCUCUCUCAUGUUUGUACACUAAAACAAGGAGUUGAUUAGCUUAGCUUAGCUUAGCAUGAAAACUGAAAGUUGUAGGAAACAGCUAGCUUAGCUCUGUUUAAAGUUAGAGAAAGGAGGGAUGAAGGGCUUUUAAUCACUCUAACGUAUUUCCCAAAAUGUCAAACCAUUCCUUUAAGAAUGCAAAGACUUAAGCAUACAUUAGCCUAGGCUACAGUUGCUAACAUUAGCUUUAAAAAUGAGACUAUGACAAGUUGUAGUGGCUCAAAUUAAGACCAAGUAACUCUAAAAUAUUUAGGGAUGUCCUGAUCAAGAUUUUUUUAACCCUGAUCCCGAUCUGAGUCAUUUAAUAUUGAAAAUCUGCCGAUACCAUGUCCCGAUCCGAUACUUUUAUUUUUCCAGAUAAUACAGCAGCACAGUGCGCACUUACGUGAAAUAAAGGAUCGGAUCGGGCUUUAUAAGCUCAAUAUAGCUGAUCUCGAUCAGUUAAAAAAUGCCUUGAUCGGCCCCGAUACUGAUCUUUGAGAUCGGAUCAGGACAUCCCUAAAAAUUAUGCUUUGUUAUUGCUCCUGAAUGGAUGCCACCUUCAAACUAUGUGGAACUAAAAAAUGACCGUCCCAAAAUGACUGUUAAUUGGAAGAAUUAGAGUCUGAAAAAUGUUUCAAAGCAAAACCAGCUACAUCAGCUAUACUGGCCUAGAUAACAGAGAUAUUAGCUAAGAUACAGUUCUACAGGCCAUCUGCUAAAACAAUAAUCUUUUUAAUUGCCAAGAAGCCUAACUCAACACCUUGUCUGCUAAGUAUUAGCACGGAGACAACACAUUACAUACUAAGGUAUUAGCACGGAGCCAACACCUUGUAUGCUAAGGUUUUAGCACGGAGCUAACACACUGUAUGCUGAGGACAUUAGCAUGAAGCUGACACCUUGAAUGCUAAGGUGUUAGCACGGAGCUAACACCUUGUAUGCUAAGGUGUCAGCAUGGAGCUGACACCUUGUAUGCUAAGGUGUUAGCAUGGCGCUAAAGCUAAAGAUCUACUAAGAACAGAUGGCUGCUUUUAAUGCUACAGUUGUUAUUGCUAAACGUGUACACUAGUCAAUGUGCCAAUCUAUUUCCAUCGCCAAUAAGGUCACAUUUUAAAGUCAAACAGAGAUGAAUCAAAAACACAGUGGCACCAUUAUCUUCCAGAUAAACAAAUAAAGUUGCCAGUAUUACUGAUGUACGGUUAUAUCAUAGAGUAAAUAUGAUUAAUACAGGAAGGCAGUACAUGCUUAUCACACUGUUUGGUAUGUGUGUAUGCCGUCUAGGGGUCAAACAGUUCAUCUCCAUCAUUUCCUGUUAUGCUUCGAGGGGUCAUGGGAGGUUUCUUUCGGCCUAGUGAUUCUGUCCACAGAAAAUGCUCAGUCGUGUCUGUUUGCUAGACAAUGACGAAAUGAGAAAUCGUCUCCAACAGGAAGAGCAAAUGCAAGACUAAUUAUUUUUGAGCUAUGUCUACUACAUAUUUCUGCGUGUGAUGUCUUAAUCAUGUUGGUCCCACGCUAACAGGGUGCUGCCACUGAAACUGACAUAAAACAGUUUUGGACUUUAAUCGUCACAACCCCUCUCAGUGACUUGUCUCCUCCUGUAACGAGUCCAGCAUCAACUCCUCCAAAGCCACCCACGGCUGAGCUGUGAUGUAUGGCUCAUUAUUUAUUUUUUUGUUUGUUUAUCCCUGUAAUCCAAGCUGUUACAUUGGCAGGCAACAACAAAUGAGCCGAGAUAUCAGUCAUCAGCCCGUCGACAGGAACGUUGCUCCUGAAAUCACACGCCGUCAGGGGGGGCCGCCUUAACACCGCAUGGCAGUGAGUGGAAACAAGUGUUUGGAAUGGGGUGAAAGUGUUUUUGCCGGCCAACGCUCCACACUUUUUCUCCCGUCCCGCGUUAUUGGUAGAGCAGGUGAAACCCAGCCAUGAGCCAUUUCAGAUGGUGCGGUUAGAAACUAUGAACACAAACACACACAAGCUUCUUAUUAUAGCUGCCAUCCAAGAGGAUUGCGCAGGUGAAAGGGAAAAACGUUGCAUUUGAGAGUGUAAAGAGUGUUAUAAAGGGGUACUUCAACAUUUCUCUUGUCCAGGUGUGUCAAAUUGUUGGAAUUGAACCAAUGUUAAAAGCAAGCUAGUUUUCAAUCAGUAAAAUUGACCACCAAAUGUAAUUAAAUCUCAGUGAUGAAGCAAAAACUUGAGUAGUUCAUUGACAAGAAUAAUCUGACAACGAUUCUAUAUGAGCUUCAAGGGCACUCAGAGAGGGCAAACCUCCACCAAGGCCAAAUAUUCUAAGUCGCAAUGUUAACAAAAGUGAUUUGUAUCUGCUCCAAUAUGUACAAUACACCCUUUGACCCUUCCUGAAAAUCGGGCUAGUAGGUUUUCUGUAAUCCUGCUGACAAACAAACAAACCAAACUGAAAACCUUCGGUCCUUGAUGGAGGUGAUGAAUAUUCUAUUGGACCUAAACGAAGACAAAGCAGGCAGAAAGGAUCAAGCCAGUAUUCAUUCAUUCAGUAUUCACUCCUAUGACAUUGUCUGACUCAAAGUGGACAGUUAAAAAAUAUUAAAACCUGGCACCUGCAUUACCCACAAUGCAACUCGACCACUGACAGUUCAGUUGGAGAAUUGAGUGUGUUUUACUUGUACAGCUACUAAGAGCAGGGUACAAAGAGGGAAUCCAGACCUGCAGAUCUUUGUAGUAUUCAAACUUGUAGUCUCAAGUCCCAACUGACGCUGACUCAAGUGACAUCAAUUUAGGUAAUUAGUCAUACUCCCCAAGAGCUGUUAACAAACUUUAAUAUAUAAAAUCUGUGGAGUUCCCAUUUGAAUCAAAGCAAAGUCCAGUGUCCUAUUCUUUUGAAGGUCCAGUGUUUAGGAUUUAAGGGCAAUUAUUGGCAGAAAUUGUGUAUAACUCUUAAACCAAUGUUUUCAUUAGUGUAUAAUUACCUGAAAACAAGAAUCGUUGUGUUUUUGUAACCUUAGAAGUGGCGGAGUCCGCCAUGUUGUUUUUAAAGUAACUCAAAACAGAUAAAUUAAACACUGGCUCUACAUAGGGCCAUUCGCAUUUUCAUGUCUGCCACCAUAGUUUAGCUACACACUUGGCACAUAGGAGAAGUUUCAGUUCUGCAACCUCACCACUAGAUGUCACUAAAUCCCUCACACUGGUCCUUUAAUCGACCCCUGAGAUUUAUCUAGCAAAACUUACCAGGGUGAAGAUGGGAAUUGUAAUUGGAAAAUUUGUUGCUGCCAAGUGAAAAAAGAAGACAACACUAAAAAUGUUGAAGUAUCCCAUUUAAGUUAGACUAACGUGAACAACGAGUGAGCUUACAUUACUUUUCCGUGGUGCUAGCCGAUUUAAAAAAAAAAAAAAAAGACAAAUCAGUUAAUUUGCUGCAAACUAGAUUCAGUAGGUGCGAACUCGCAACAGAAGCAGCAGCAUCGGUGUUCAUAUGGUGCAACACACUCAAGCUACAGAGUCAAUUGGCUGCUAAUCCCACUUCAUAUGGUGCAAAUAUGAAACACACAUGUACUUAAUGGUGCAAUAAGGGCAGAUUGUCUCUUUGAAUUCUAUGGUGCAACUUGAGUACUGCCUUCAGUUAUCGGCCAAGGCUGUGCCAAAGGCUCCGUCCAAACGGACAACUGCUCUUCCUGUCCUGCAGAAGCUAUGCAAGUCUCCGAUGCGAGGAGAUGUGCUUAGUGUACACGCUCACAACACAUACACCACACAAACACACACACACACACACACACAGGGUUUUCCUCCACAGCAGGGAGAUAUGCUUAGUACACAAAAAAUAGUGUAACAACAUGGGCUGUGUCCCUACCUCACCGCACAUACACAAACACACACUCUCACACUAAUGUCCAAUAAUCCCUUACCCCUUUAUAAUUUGGGAACAAUAUUCAUAUGGUGCUAUUGAGUAAAGCUGGAUGGUUUUUGUAUUGUUGUGGUUACAGUGGUUUGAAGAAUUUAGCCAAAUAUGUUUAGAAAACCUGAGUGUUUCACUUUCAGAUUGAUUGAAUUGUGUCAUUCAAUCAAUCUAGGUUCCCUCAUGUAGAGAGUGUACGUAAAAACAGCAACACCUUCUGUCUCCAAGUGACACAUAAAAGCAACAAUGCCUUAUCUGCUCGACAGAAGUGGAGGUGGAACAUUUUUUAAGGGUGGAGAUUUGAGAUGAACUUGAGGAAGGUGGUGCUAAGUUUUGGUACACUCUAACGUGGACAUGCACUGUACAUUAAGCAUGGGUUCAGUGUGUCAGAGCACAGAAAUCAAAGGGGAACGGCACACUGUUAUAGCACAUUGUCUGAAAAAAAAAAUACCUAGAGAACACAGUCAGACAUUUUCUGUUCAGAUUGUGCUCGUGAAUUUCUUGCAUGAAUGUUUUAGACUCGAGGGAAAAUAAGCGGACGACGCAGAGGCUUAAAGGUUUGAAGAGUCACAGCUUCGUAUGUGCUUCUGGGUUGUUAAAGGGAGAUUUAUGUUCCAGAACAGCUGUCCUGCUAGCUUCUCCCUAACACUGACCUCUGACCUUUUCACCCCAAACCAUGGCCCCUUUGCACCCAGAGCUCCAGCCAAUCAGAGUUCAGGUUAAACACAGAUCAGGUCUGACACAACCAAAAAAUACAGUUGAUGCGGAAGUAUUCAUGUGUGGCGUUCAGACUCGACUGUAGCCUCAUCAUCAAACUGCAGGUAUCAUAUCUUCUUCAUUUUGUGUUUAAUCCAGACUACCUGUCAUAUCUAGUCACAAAAUCAUAGAUCCACAUUCUACAGUUGAGUCUGCACGCUAUUCAUGAAACGUCCUUCACCCAAAAACCCAGAGCCUUAGCCAGGCCCGCUCUGUAGGAAAAUCCAGUCAGUGUUAUUGUAUGGCUCCACAUCCACAGCUAUGCAAGGUCACAGACAGAAAGGUUCUGGGCUUGGAUACCUUUACAAAAAAUACCACAUCACUGUUCUCGUGAAUUCUUAUUUGUUUGUUUCUUUUGCUGUUUUUCUUUGUUUGCAAAUACGAGGAGAAGAAAGCAUUAAGUGUUAACGUGCAACAAUGCAAACUUCCCUUUUUGCAUUUGUUUAUGAUCAUUUGCUAAUCUUGCAUAUCAUUUCUAUGGACUUAGAUUACAUUUUUCUCUUUCAAGUUCGUCUGUUGAGGGGUUCAAAUUGGUCGGGAGGGAUGUAACUUUAGGGGGUAACCAGGAUGAUGCAACCUCCCGACAGAGGAAUGUGUAUCUGAUUGUGAAAAGUAAAAACAGAAAGUUAUAUUUUUGUUCUCUGGAUAAAAUGUUCCACUAUCAGGGUCUGCAAAGCAUAUGAGGCCUGUGGUUAGGCUGUGUGAGUGCGAGUGUGUGCGCGUGUGUGUGAGAGAGUGCCGUAUGCGUCAGUAAUGCUUCAUAUGCUCUUUUUAGCCAAAGUUUUACUUGCUUGGUCCAGAGCUGUGAAAUUAUUAUUACUCAUCAUGGUUUUGUAGAACUGGAGGCCAGAUGCUAAGCUGUUUCUGAUCUCAGACCAGUUUCUACCAGAUCUGAGUCUGAUGACGACUGAAAUCCUUUCCUUUCAGAAGCGAAGUGGUUUGGCACAAAUACUCAAAUUCAAUCAUGGUGAAAGAGCGGGAGGGAUUUCAGGGGUGUGACUCAGGUGUGGCUACUAUAAGCACAGGGCAGGGUCAAACUAAACCUUAACGUGGAUGUAUCUAUAAGAUGUACCAUGGGCUUUUAUUUUGUCGGGUCAUGCUUUUUCUACUGUGUUCUUCAGCUUGGGAAAAAAAAGUAGCUCUAGAGAUUUUGAUGUGCAAAAAGUACCUUUUAUUUUCUCGUGGUUGGCAUUUUGAUUGUAAAUACCUUUUUCUGGUAAUCCUCAGUUGGAUCUAUGUUCGAUGAGUUGGUUAGAUGGCUCUUUCAAAAUGUACUGAUAGUAAAUGUUCCUUAUAAAUAUCCAGAAUGUAAAAUGAGAGAAGAAAAAUAUGGCUUGACUGGAAACUGUGUUUUCGUAGGAGUCUGUGCCAUCGUGUCGUCUUGAGUAUAAGCACACUGAUAUUAGAUCUGUAGGCAGGAUGAAGUUUGGGGAGGUGGUUUGCCAGACAGCCGAGCUCUGGUUCUGUAGGACGAAUAGAUGAAUAAUGAUGGGCAAUAUUUGUCUCUGACAUUCCUCAUAAACACAAAAAAAAUGUUUUGAUUAUUCUGCAAAAUAAGACCAUCACCAUAAGCAAUGAUUAGUGAAGAAAUCGUUGUGUUUAUUUAAAUGUCCAUUUUAACCUUGCAUAUUGUUGUUAAUGCUAACCGGAGCGAGCAGCUGGUUAGCUUAGCACAAAGAGUAGAAGCAGGGGGAACAGAUAGCCUGGCAAAGUUUAAAAAGCUAGCUGUUUCCACCUACUUCCAGUCAUUAUGCUAAGCUAAGCUAAGCUAAGCUAAGCUAAACAUCUCCAAGCUCUAGCUUCAUAUUUAGUGCAUUCUUUUAAAGAGUAAAUUCACCCCAAAAUCAAUUUCUACUCAUGGAUGAGAAGCUCGUAUUUGUGACAGCAAGAAAUGUAAACAUUAAUGGCAUCCUCCUUAGCUGAGCUGUUACGUUAGCUAGCUCAGUCGUGCUAAGUGAGCUAGCAGUAGAUGCACUCUUCCUUCUGCACAGUGAUAGUUAGCGGGUGUAGCUCAGGAGAAAGAAACGAGUCCCUACAAGAAACUGCUCACAACGACAUCUGCGGAUUAUCUUGAGUAGAUUUGAUUUUAGGGUGAACUGUCCCAUUAAUGCCACAAGCAUCACAAACUGUAGUUUGGUGGACGCCAAAAUCUUAGCAGCAUAUAUAUUCAAACCUGGACAAAUAAAACCAAAGCUGUCUACUUGGCUUCACACCACUAAGCAAGUUGGAAAAAAGGAUUUCUUGCCAUUUGGGGGAACUAACCCUUUAAGCAAAAAUAAGUUUAAAAAGCAAUGUAGGAGCCUUUUUUGUUAAAAUGGACAUUUUUGAUGAGAUGGUCAUAUUUGCAGUGUGUAGCUACAUGCUAAACAGUUCAAUACAUAAGCACAUUUUUCAAACUUGAAGGAGGAAAUGUUCAAAGAGAAGUACUAGUGAGAGCAGUGGCUGUCUGUCGUAACACCUCCCGUCUUCACUGUAGAAGUGAUGGCUGCCGUCAUCGACCGUGUUCAAACCGCUCCUGCGUCAGCUCAUAAAAACACCAUUCAGGAAUCUUUUGGUCUUUGGGAGCCAUUCCCGAAUUCACACCGAAUGUUUCUGACCAACCACAAAGAGACGGGAGAGAAACGAGGAGACACAUUGUGUAUCUCUUGUUUGUCUGUGUAUUCUGUGUCUGCGAUAGUGUUAAAGCAUUCUGGGGGAAGAGUUGAAUGAUAUUUUCAAUGGCUCCAUGUGGCCAGCAUUAGGAAAUGUGUUAUUUUUGUUACAAUACCUCCUGAAAAUAAAGUCUAUUUAUCUGUGAAGAGACAAAGAUUUACAAUAAUACAGAUGACUACAUAGAAAUUAUGACAGAUUUUAAAUGAUGUAAAAACAGAUAUAAAUGAAAACAUGUACAGUUCAUUUGGUUUUGAACACGAUACAGAAAUGUAUAUGCGUCAGUAUUGAGUUUGAUUUUAUAUAUUUACCAUUUUAUUACAUUGUAAUGUUGUGACUGCGAUGGAGAAAAAAAAAUAUAAAGGAA